AGGCUGGAACAGCUGAGAGUUUGCACUCAAGCCCAGGGCUCAGACUAAGAAGGAGUUGGACCCCUCUCUGCAUCCUCUCUCAGACCCUGUCUCCUCUGUCCCGUUCUCUGUGGUCACUGUAACCCCCAACCAAACCAGCAGCCAUGGACGCCAUCAAGAAGAAGAUGCAAAUGCUCAAGUUGGACAAGGAGAAUGCCUUGGACAGAGCAGAACAGGCUGAAGCCGACAAGAAGGGAGCAGAGGACAAAAGCAAACAGCUGGAGGAUGAACUUGUAGCACUCCAGAAGAAACUAAAAGGUACAGAAGAUGAGCUGGACAAAUACUCUGAAGCCCUGAAAGAUGCCCAGGAGAAGUUGGAACUGGCAGAGAAGAAGGCCACUGAUGCUGAAGCAGAUGUAGCCUCAUUGAACAGGCGUAUCCAGCUAGUAGAGGAGGAGUUGGAUCGUGCUCAGGAACGUCUGGCAACAGCCCUUCAGAAACUGGAGGAGGCUGAGAAGGCUGCAGAUGAGAGUGAGAGAGGUAUGAAAGUCAUUGAAAACAGAGCCCUGAAGGAUGAAGAGAAGAUGGAGUUGCAAGAAAUCCAACUGAAGGAAGCCAAGCACAUUGCUGAGGAGGCUGACCGCAAAUAUGAAGAGGUUGCCCGUAAGCUGGUGAUCAUUGAGGGUGACCUGGAACGUGCAGAGGAACGUGCUGAGCUAUCAGAAAGCAAAUGUGCUGAACUUGAGGAAGAGUUGAAAACUGUUACCAACAACUUGAAAUCCCUGGAGGCCCAGGCAGAGAAGUACUCCCAGAAAGAGGACAAAUAUGAAGAGGAAAUCAAGGUGCUCACAGACAAACUGAAAGAGGCUGAGACACGUGCUGAAUUUGCAGAAAGAUCAGUAGCCAAGUUGGAAAAGACCAUUGAUGACUUAGAAGAGAAAGUGGCACAUGCAAAAGAAGAGAAUUUAAAUAUGCACCAGAUGUUGGACCAAACACUGCUGGAAUUAAACAACAUGUAAAGAUACUUCGACGUGUUCCUGUGAUGUCUGGUUUUCUGAAGACACUGCUUGUCAAAGUCCAUACAAAUGCAAUUAUUUUUGGGGGGAAGAAAUGGCAGGGUUUUUUUUUUUCCUUCAUGUGACCUGAAAGACUUCAAGUGUCUUUCUGCCCACAAAAUCAAAGUUGGGAUGGAUAGGGGUUCUGAAUGCAGUUAGCCAAGGUGCCAAUUAAGGAUGUGGCCCAUCUUUUAAAGGGCCCAAAGGUUGCACAUGGAAUUUAUAUAAUUUUUGUUUCCUUUCUUUUUAUUCUUGGGUAGUGUCUUUCGUUUUAUUUAAGCAACCCCAUACUGUGGUUUUGUAGUUUUUAAAACCUAGCCUAAAAUAUAUAAGAUUAAAGUUAUUUUCUUAGUUGUGGAAUUUCUGAGAGUCCUGCCUGUAGGAUUUUAGUGUACUGUGCACUUACUUUUUGGAUAUGGGAGGAGAAGGGGAUUAAAGUGCAAUGCCAUAUUAUAAAUGCACGGUCUAGUUAUUAAUAUUAUUGAGCCUAAUCUUUACUAAUAGACCUUGUGCAGCAUAAUAGAAAAAAUAUGGCAUUGCAUGAAGCAAUUGUGUAGUCCAAAUUCCUUGUCUGCCUCUCUAUCAAUGUGAUAUCCCAAAGGCAAGAUG